UUCUUUCAGAUAAUAAUGGAAGACUACUUGAAGAUAGAGAAAGUUGGAGAAGGAACCUAUGGGGUGGUGUAUAAGGGCCGACACAAGGCCACGGGGCAGGUGGUGGCCAUGAAGAAGAUCCGUCUGGAGAGCGAGGAGGAGGGGGUCCCCAGCACCGCCGUCAGGGAGGUCUCUCUGCUCCAGGAGCUCAAACACCCCAACGUAGUCCGACUCCUGGACGUCCUGAUGCAGGAGUCUCGUCUCUACCUCAUCUUUGAGUUCCUGUCCAUGGACCUGAAGAAGUACCUGGACUCCAUCCCGUCUGGACAGUACAUGGACCCCAUGCUGGUCAAGAGCUACCUGUACCAGAUCCUGGAGGGUAUUUACUUCUGUCACUGUCGUCGAGUUCUCCACCGGGACCUGAAGCCCCAGAACCUCCUGAUCGACAACAAAGGAGUCAUCAAACUGGCCGACUUCGGCCUGGCCCGGGCCUUCGGGGUCCCUGUGAGGGUCUACACCCACGAGGUUGUGACACUGUGGUACCGGGCCCCUGAGGUCCUCCUGGGGUCCCCCCGCUACUCCACCCCGGUGGACGUGUGGAGCACCGGCACCAUCUUUGCGGAGCUGGCCACUAAGAAGCCUCUGUUCCACGGAGACUCUGAGAUAGACCAGCUCUUCAGGAUCUUCAGGACUCUAGGAACCCCCAACAACGACGUGUGGCCUGACGUGGAGAGUCUUCCUGACUACAAGAACACGUUCCCUAAGUGGAAGUCUGGGAACCUUUCGUCUAUGGUGAAGAACCUGGACAAGAACGGCCUGGACCUGCUGGCGGACAUGUUGACCUAUAACCCCCCUAAGAGGAUCUCGGCCCGGGAGGCCAUGAGCCACCCGUACUUCAGUGACCUGGAUAAAUCCACUCUGCCUGCUGCCUCCAUCAGCAACAUGUAACACACCUCCGACACGUCAUCACAUCCUGUAAAUACUUGUGUGUGCUUCUUGUUUUAGACCUUUAGGAAAGUUUGUCUUCAAUAAAACUGCACUUUCUGUCAUCCCCACAACUUUAUAAUCCAUGUUUGUCCUUUUUUACUAUUUCUCUCUGAAAUAGUGUCUGAAUUUCUAAAAAUAAACGUCUUUUAUCAAU